AUGGCGCGGAGGGGUCUGAUCUGUUUGCCCGGCGGACGGUGGAGACGUGGGGUCCCUGCCGCGGGGGGCGUGGACGGGUUCCGGGGGUCUCCGAGGCCCAGGGGCGGUGCACUGAGCUGGGCGUGCCUGGGUGCCGGCCUCCUUCCUUGUGGCCCUUGUCCAAGGGGCGCGAGAAGUGCCUGGCCUAAUCACCCCUCACCUGGCUCUGGCCUUGGCUGCCCUUUGCUCUCGUCGGCGGCCUCGCGGGCCACCCGGCCCCCCUCUUGGACCUCUCUCUCCCCUCGGGAAGCCACCCGACCUCUGGGACCAGCCCGGGAGCUCUGCCUGAGUACUGUCGUGUGGAGUGGGAGAAGAGCGCCGCCCUGGGCGGCAGGAAGGCGAGCGAGGCCACCUGUCAGCGCGUCGGACUCUCCAGGCUGGGCGGUUGACCUGGACCUGGGCAGUGCGCGAGGCCGAGGCCGUGUCUGGACUCUGCAAAGGAAAGAAAUUAGUGUUUGCUCGCCCCUGGUUCAGACACUUCCUGUGGUUUCUGAAUCAACAUUGAAUACAUUCCAAGCUCUUUGGCCUAAAAUACAAAGACUCCAGCAUUUGGCCACUAUCUGCUGCUCUGGACUUUUCUCCAGAAUUUCAUUCACUAAUUCAUUCAACAAGAAGUAUUUAUCUAAUAUAAAUCACUGUGCAGGGCAAAUAGAGGAUACAAAAGUCGAAGAGAGGGCAUGGUCUCUUUAAUCUCUGGUGGAGAACAUAAAGUAUGGGGGUGCACGCGCGCGCACACACACACGUUUCACUGAAAGGUACAAUACACAGUGGGUCUAGGGGAAGAUUGCACACAGUGUUGAACAAUACCAGAGGAGGCAGAAAUUCUGCCAGAAAUUUCAGAAACACAGUAGGCAUCUGGUGCCUUAUGUGUUGGUGCUCAUUGGAUAGUGUCAACAGAGAUGGGCAAAAUUUUAGGAAUCUAUCCUACUGCAACUAUAGCAUUAUUACUGUAAGGUAUACAAAAAUAUACAAGAAUGUUAAUACAAGAAUGUUAAUUUCAGCAUUAUUUGUAUAGCAAAACACUAGACUGCAGACUAGUGUGUGAAUAAAUUAUCAAACCUCCAUACUAUAAGUCUUAUACAACUGCUUUUAAAAAUGAGUUAUAGUUGGAAAAAAUGCAUCAGAAAUAUGAUAGAUUGAUGGAUAAAGGGAUUAUAGGUAAAGUAAUAUGUGAUAAGCAUGAAAAAAUGUUAAUUAUAGAAUCUAGAGUGUAUAGGUAUUAAUCAUUCAAUUCUUCCAAUUUUUCUGCAAACUCAUGUGUAUAAUUGUUGGGGAUAAAAAUGAUGAGUCAAAUUUCUAUGUAUUGGCCUAGAGAUAAGCAUUUUUUAAGUCGUAGAAUAAUGUUUAUGCUAUGAUUCUGUUUUUGUGGUUAAGAGACCCAGUUCUAAAGCAAGAGUCCUGAGUCUUGGAACACAACCCUACCAACUGACUAGCCAUUUGACCUUUUACUAGUCACUUCCCACUCUGUGCCUUAAUUUCAUUGGUAACAAAUCUACCUAAUUAUUGUUAUGAGUAAAUAAGUCAAUACAUUUAAAUUUCUUAAAACAGUGCAGGCAUAUAGUAAGUGUUUGAUAAUAUUAUUAAAUAUGAUUGUUUGAGAGGAGAAAGAGGUUAUGUG